GUGAUGGCCUGGUCUACGGCAUCAUGCGUCGUGCGCUCACCACUACGCACAUGACGGUGUCCGAUGAUGUGUCUUGGCGGAAGAUUCCCCGGAGCAAGUGGUAUUGCGGAUCCCACGGCAGUGGCAGCGAGCCGAACAAGGAUGGCAAGAAGCCGGUCUUGCCGGAGGAUUAUGCAGAGGUGUCUUGCGUCGCGGGGAAGGACACGCGGCUCAAUUUGGUGGAGCUCACGCGCCGUCAGCGCAAGAGGCUGCGCGAGAAGUACUACUGGGAUCAUGUCUUGUGGACGCAUAGCCGGCAGCUGCAGCGGCACCGGUUGUGGAUGCGAGCGAAGGAGGACAGGGAGUUUCAUGAGAUCAUCGAAGAGUAUCAGGAGAUUCUGCGUCGGGAGUACGAGCAGAUGGCGCAGAAGCAGGCAGCUAUCAGCGUGCCAAGGAUUGCGGCCAGGCCCGACGAGGAGACCGCGCGGGAUCGCAAGCAAGAUGUUUGCUUGAUUGAUGCGUUGAGGUCGUUGGGAGUCCAGCUGUCGUAUCAAGAUGACGGCCCCUUCUGGGCCUUGACAGACUGUGCCAUGCCCGGCAAGUACGUUCUUUUCCGAGCCAAGCAUUUCAUGUCCCUAGAGGUGCGCGCAGAUGGCACGAAUAUGUGGCGUACCACCUGCAAGCGUCAUGUUGGCUGCGCCGAUGUGAAACUACCUCUUCUGCUACGUGCGAUGGAAGCCGCUUUCCAGCUGAAGGAGCUGUCCAUUUCCUUUUGCGAGCAAGAGACAGAUGUCUUGGGCGGUGCGAGCUCGGAGAUUCCAGUAGUUGAGAAGAUGCUGGAGUCCAGUGCAACGCCGAGCAGUUUGGCUGGAGAGGGCAGCGCAAGCACUGCUCUGCAGAGCCCAGCUGACUGGCUACAAGUGUGUCGCAACCGAGCGCGGGUGCUUGAGCGGAAGCGCAAGACGACUCAAGACGUGGAGGAGCACAGCUCUUCUUCUACGUGCAGCUUCGCACACUCUUGGAACUUGGCCAUGCCACCAAUGACUCUACAAUGUUUUGGAGUCGCAGGCUCACCGGCGCAGGGCGUGCGCAUACCUCUGCUGCCUUUAGAUGAGGGCAUCGUCGCAUUGCCGGUCCAUCCUACCGGCCAGGAGGUGUCCCCCGAGUUCACGUGGCUGCGCCGCUGCCACCCCCACGAACUGGAUGCUGCUAUUCGAUUCCAGCAAGACGGGCACAAGUACUACGUGCAUGAUGCAGAAAUGGACUGCUCUGUCACAUCGCUCAUUGCGAAGUUCUCUGAGGAGUUUGAUGCAGAUCGGAUCAUCCAGAAGAUGAUGGCCGGACAUCGCUGGCCUCGGGAAGGAUACAUGAAGAAUCUUCAGGAUGAGUCUCUCCAGAUAAGGAUCGCUGCGAUGCCAGGGCUGGAGGAAGUCGCACGCAUUCUACAAGCCCCUGCCACCACACAGCAGCAGGUUUCCGUCGUCCUCCGGAACACGCUCUACAAGUGCGACGAGACAGCUGCAUCUCUUCUCCAGCAGCUUGUCAUGACUCCUGAGGAGAUCAAGGUGCAUUGGAGAGAAAAUGGGGAAACCGCAGCUGCAGCCGGCACGUGGGUGCACUUGCUGUGCGAGUGCGUCCUCAACGGGGGCACAGUGACGGGUGUGUCAGAGGAGAUGCGAAGCUUCAAUGCCUUCCUGCGCAGCACGCAGCCUCUCAUUGCCUACCGCACGGAGUGGUGUAUCUGGGCUUCGGCUGAGAAGAUUGCAGGCUCCAUUGACUUCGUUGCACAGGAUGCGCAGGGCGACCUCGUUCUGUUUGACUGGAAGAGGACCAAGGGUCUGCCAGACAAGUUUGAGAAUCGUUUCGCCUGCAUGAAGCCUCCUCUGGGUCAUCUUCCUGAUGCUACUGGUGUGAAGUACCGGCUGCAGCUAAACAUCUACAAGCGCAUUCUGGAGGUCGGCAAGAUCUGGUACACCCGCGCCUUCGCAGAGCGCCUCUUCCAGGACUCCAAGGGCUGCCGCGAGGUCCAGACGGCCCUCGAGGCGGCCUCGGAGGACGUGCGCGUGGCGCUGGUGGCGGAGAUCGCGGGCCACGUCCUGGACGCCAUGCGGUGCCCCCACGCCAACCACGUGCUGCAGAAGUGCAUCACCUGCUCCAGGCCGCAGCACUGCCAGUUCAUCAUCGAGGAGAUCAUGACGUGCAAGGGCUUCGUGGAGCUUGCCUCGCGCCACAAGUACGGAUGCCGAAUCAUCCAGAGGCUUCUCGAGCGCUGCAGCGGUGGGCAGGUUGAAGGCAUUGCCGCCGCCAUUUUGUCCGACGUCGGCGGCAUCUCGCGGCAUCCCUACGGCAACUACGUGCUGCAGAAUCUGCUGGAGCAUGGUACACCAGCUCACCGCCGCAAGCUGGCUCAGGAACUCGUCCGGGAGAUUGUGCCCAUUUGCCAGGACUCCUUCGGUAGCGCAGUCGUGGCUGCUGCCUUGCCCGAGCCUCAAGCCGCUGGAAAGCGGCAGGGCGGCGGUAGGCAAUUUGUGAAGUUGGGCGCCGGGGAUCGAUCCGUGGGUUUUGGGGGCUCCAACGAAUGGUUGGUGGACGUGGACGUGGACGUGAAUUUGGGCUGA